AUGUCGGCGACAGCAGCGAGACCAGAUCCGUUUCGUCCAGCGAAGAGAGUUGCGGGCCAGAGACAGGAUGUCUGGUCAAUUGUCAACGAAGCCGCUGCCGCUUCGCCGGUCCAGCCGAUUGUGAACAUGGGUCAAGGCUUCUUCGGCUACAACCCUCCUCAAUUCGCUCUUGAUGCGGCCAAGGAAGCUCUCGACCGGGUCGAGUGUAACCAGUAUUCGCCCACGAAGGGCCGUCCCCGACUUAAGAAGGCCAUUGCCGACGCAUACUCUGCCUCCUUCGGACGAACCAUAAACCCGGAUACGGAAGUUUCCAUCACCACCGGCGCAAAUGAAGGAAUGUUGAGUGCUUUCAUGGGAUUCAUUGAACCCGGAGACGAGGUCAUCAUCUUCGAGCCCUUCUUUGACCAAUACAUCAGCAACAUCGAGAUGCCUGGCGGUACAAUUCGAUACGUCCCGCUUCAUCCUCCCAAGGACGGUGCGACAAGGACUUCGCCUGCGUCUGAAUGGACGAUAGACUUCGAGGAACUGGAGAGGACGAUCAAUUCGAAGACAAAGAUGAUUGUCUUGAACUCACCACACAACCCCGUCGGAAAAGUCUUCUCGCGCGACGAACUUGAACGCAUUGGUCAGCUAUGUGUGAAGCACAAUCUUAUUAUCCUCUCCGACGAGGUGUAUGAUCGCCUCUACUACGUCCCUUUUACUAGAAUUGCUACCUUGUCCCCGGAGCUCUGGGAGCGUACUCUCACGGUUGGCUCCGCCGGCAAGGCCUUCUACGCUACUGGCUGGCGUGUUGGAUACCUCAUUGGACCGGAGCAUCUCAUCAAGUAUGUCGCCGCUGCACACACGCGUAUUUGCUACAGCAGUGUAUCUCCCCUUCAGGAAGCCGCCGCCGUGGCUUUCGAGCAGGCAGACAAGGUCGGAUUCUGGGACCAGAGCCGGACGGAAAUGAAGCAGAAAAUGGAACGCUUCUGCGAAAUCUUUGAUGAGCUUAACAUUCCCUACUCUGAUCCUGAGGGCGGCUACUUCGUCCUUGCAAACAUGUCUUCCGUCAAACUCCCGGAAGACUACCCAUUCCCUUCUCAUGUCGCCAGCCGCCCUCGUGAUUUCAAACUUUGUUGGUUCCUGAUCCACGAAGUCGGGGUGGCAGCCAUCCCCCCGACGGAAUUUUACACCGAUACGAAUGCCCACAUCGCCGAAGACUACCUUCGCUUCGCCGUCUGUAAAAACGAUGAUGUCUUAAAGACAGCGAAGGAGAGGCUCCGCGGUCUGAAGAAAUACAUCUCGAAGUAA